UUGCGCUGGAGUAUUAUAGGAUUAUCCGAGGUCCGAAGAGAGGGGGAGGACACGGUGAUUCUCGAAUCCGGCAACUUGUUCUAUCACCGGGAGGGCGACCAUCUGUCCCAAGGAGGUGUCGGAUUUAUCGUCCACAAGUCUCUCGUCAACAACGUUGUAAAGAUUGGGAGUGUGUCGACGAGGGUCGCGUACCUGAUACUCAGAAUCAGCAAACGGUAUUCGCUGAAGGUCAUACAGGUUUACGCACCAACCUCGGCACAUCCCGAUGAGGAGGUGGAAGAAAUGUAUGAGGAUAUUUCCAAAGCCAUGCAUUCCUCCAAAACCCACUACACGGUGUUGAUGGGAGACUUCAACGCAAAACUAGGCACAAGAGAAAGCGGUGAGCUGAAGUUAAGGAAAUUUGGAGCAGGGCAACGGAACCGAAGGGGCCAGCAGCUGGCCGACUUUAUGGAGAAAGAGGGACUCUUUAUGAUGAACUCUUUCUUCCAGAAGCGGCCCCACAGGAAGUGGACCUGGUCGAGCCCCCGACGGUUCGACAAAAAAUGA